AUGGAUGCUGACCAACUAAGGCCGAUCAAAAGAAGCUCAUAUGUCCUAAAUUCUUUUAUUGCUGGCCCUUCCAAUGACAUUGAUGAUCUGGUUGCCAAUGGCAUCGAUAAUAUAAAGAAAAUCGUCUCACUAAUACCGGGAAUUGAUUCGAGUGUUACAGAAGCAAACGCCAGUAUCUCAACGACAGUUUGA